AUGGGUACUCCAUCCUCAUUACCCAUAAACCCUAACCCUAGCCCCAGUCCGCCAUUACCUCAGUCCCCACCACCACAAACGCCGCCAUUACCACAAUCACCACCACCUCAGUCACCGCCCCCGCCCCCAAGCCAAAUACCACCUCUCAUUCCGCCGACUCCCCUCUCGCCGCAAUCCGAGCCACCAAAUGAAACACCAAUUACCGACACCCAUUCCCCAGAACCAACGCCUGAACCUACGCCUUCCCAAACAAAAACAAGAGGGAAAACAAAAAGAGCCGCAGGUAGACUCAAAGAAACCCCUGUCGGAAAAAGGAAACGAGUACCGUCUAUCCCUUUCGACUUAAACUCUCCACCUCAGUCCUCUGAACCAGUUAGCAAACGGACUAGGUCUUCCUCGCAAACCCCAAAGACCAAUGGUCCAAACACCAAGAACUCAGUCUCCCUUGCAUUCUCCAAAGACUCACUAUCCGCAGAUACUAUAGAGGAGGUAAUUUCUCCAUUACCUUGGGCUUUUAGGGAUAUGGAUAUGAAAAGGGCCUAUGAGAAAUUGCUUUCUAAAACUAUUUUGGCGAACAAGUAUAUGGAUGAGCAAAUUUUGAAAGAAUUAGGCAUUUAUGAUUCUGUCUUUGCCUAUUUGGAUGUUGUUAGCUGGACUGAUUUUGCUAAAAUAAGGGAACCAGUGGAGUUAGACAUAGGUGCUUUGAAUGCCAUUUUUGGUUUUCAGGAUUCGGGGUAUAAAAACAUUGAGUGGCAGCAAACUGUUUAUGACCCUGUUCAAUUCUGGAAAGAUAUUGCACCAUUUGGAGGAAGGGGACACGAUAUGAUCGUGGUGCCUGGGAUUUGUUUCUAUUGUGGUGCAUGA